AUGGCUGCAACAUCCGAACAUCCAACCCUUCAGCCGACGAGCGUGAGCGCCUCCAGUCCAAAACUCGCAUCGCCCGCGCCGCCGCUUGAGCUGCGGCACAUUACGUCCAAUACCAACCUUGUCGCAAACAUUUCUGCCAGUCCGAGCCGCGAACGCGAGCGCCGACUCUCCAAUCGCAAUUCGCAGCAUCAUCUCCGACCGCAUCGCGUCGGCUCUCGUUCGCCGUCCAGCAUUCCCUCCUCGCCCACAUCCGUACACUCGUCUUCAUCUGCCAUAUUUGAACGAGACAUCGAGCCCAUCGCGCCCGGCCCUCUCACCCUCAGCCACUCCAAUGAUCCCCAUCGUAUUCCUCGCUCAAGAACUACCGAGCAGCUCGAGCACUCGGUGCCUUCCGUUCUGGACAGCGCGGCUGCAGUCCUCACUAGCACCGAUACCGACGACGAUGGCCUCGACGCCGUCUCCAUCAUCACUCCUGCCCCACCCGAGUCUCGUAGUGGCUUCACCAGCCCCAUCUCGCGCAUGAGCAGCCGCAGUCCGAGUCCUACGGGGACAGGUGGACGGAAAAGCCUGCUGUUUAGCACCGGUGCUGGCACGGGUGCUGGAACGAGCCCCGUCUUGGGCGCGAGUCCGCCGCAGCAGGGGUCUCCGCCGAUGCUGAUCCCAAGACCGGGCGCACAGGCGAGUACGAGCCCGAGCACACAGAUGAGCCCAAACAGUCCCCUUUCCGCAGCAUCGCCAACGACACCUGCGACCCCGACCUCUGCUUACUUCUCCGCCUCUGCGUCCGCAGGACCGCCGUCCGAAGCAGGUUCGGAGUCGUCCUCGCCCACGACAGCGACGCACCAUGAGCAUCCGCUGCACGCGCUUCCAUCGUCGCCGCAGACGACGGUCACCAUCCCGCCCGUAAGUGUAACGUCGCAUCCUCCUUCACCCAAAACAAGUGUGGGUGCGCCGACAAAGCGACUGUCGUUCCUCUCGUACAUGGAUCUGCUAAGCUCCACUCCCGCGGCGACACAGCCGCUAUCGAGUCUGACGACGGGGAUGGUGUCCGAGCCGCCGCCGCACCUGCCGAGCGUCAUGGGCUUCCCGCAGGCGCAGGCGCAGUAUGCGGCGAGCAAUGGGGGGAGUGUGCAGAACAUCGCGACGCUUGAGCGCGAGGCGGCGGGUGUUGGCAUUCUAGAUGAUAUGGGUGGGGAAUGGGAGCGCGAGGGGCUUGGGAGGGGCCUGGAGGAAAGGCUGGAGGCGCUCAAUGCGCAUGCGAACGCGCAUGCGGCGGUGUCGGGAAAAGCAUAG